AUGUCAGACGCGCGUGACAGUAACCUGAACGCCUUUGUCGUUCAGUGUAUCGUCAACUGGGAUCUCGACGGCGCAUCUCAACUCAAAACCUCCCUGAAACGAGCCAUCGCAGACGCAGGCGGCGAUCCAGACACGUCUCACCUCUCCGAGCUCUUGACUGCCGCGCUGCGUUUUUACUGCUUGUCAUCUCGCACCGUCGAAGACUUUGCCUCGAAGCUCUUUGAUCAACCCAACGAUGACCACUACGACGAACAAGCUCGGACGCUCCUUGCCGACUAUCUUCUCGAUUCAAUCUGGAGCAUCGACCUCGAGUUGGAAUCGCGCAACGAUCUCGUCUCCUCGCAAUCGCAGGAUCUCCAAGCCUCUUCCAUCGGUCUUGAACCGGAUCACCAAAUAACGGCGAUAGCGGCCCGUCAGCGACUGGGCACUUUCGUGAAUUAUCUCGUCUCCGCGUCCAUAGUCAACCAGGAUGAAGUAGCCGCAAGGCUCGAACAGGGCCUUCUGGCACUCAUCGGUCUCAUCCCGAAUGAAGCUUACUUCAACAAGCGUUCCGUCCAGAUCCGCACCGCUCGUCUCUUCAAACAGCAGAAAUUCAACCUCUUACGCGAAGAGAACGAGGGAUACACCGCGCUCGUCACCGAGAUCGUCACCAACCUCGGUCCUGCCAUAGCUCCGGCACGAUGCCGUCAGCAAGGAGGCCUUGGCUCAAUAGACUCGCCCACCAUCUUCUGUGGUGACUCCGUCACUGUCGUCGAACAAGAAUCACCCAAUGCACGAAAUCGUCGUGCCGCGCGUGUCAUGAACAACAUUCAGGCGCUCAUUGGCUAUUUUGAUCUCGACGCCAACCGCGUCCUUGAUGUGAUUCUCGACUUGUUCGCCGCCGAGGUCAUGCGUCACUACCCCUUCUUCCUCGCGCUGCUUGCAGAGUCUCCCUGGGCAAAUGCUGCCUCACCAUCAUCAAUACCAUCAUCUACGUCAGAUGAUGGUCCCGAGAACAUCUUUGGUGGUGUCGACUUGAAGCUCUCAUCCGACUCUGGCGACCGGAUCUGCGCCCAGCUUCUCGGCUUCAAAUUUGCUCAUUACUGCCAUCCCGACACCAAGGAAAUCACGCCGGAUGAGAUAUACUUCCUUGCGGCUCUCCUCAUCAAAUACGGCAUCGUGCGCUUAGCCGACCUCUAUCCGCAUCUCUCGCCCAACGAGCAAGAGAUGAACAAACUUCACGCUAAACAUCGUCAGGCCAUGGCUGCCAAAGUGUCGAGCGCGCGAGCCAAUGCACUCUCCAUGGCCGCCCCUCUCACCGACGACGCUGACCCAUCCAACACGCGCAAAGACUCCGCCAAAGCCGCCGCAGAGGCUGCUCCCAAGGAGCCACCAUACCAGAUCGUCGGUUUGCUUCGAGCAUUCCUUGCCCUCGGCGAUCUGCGACAUGCCUUGUUCAUCCUCACGCGCUAUCCCUGGCUUUGCUCCGCUUUCGACGAGAUUGCCGACCCUUUUAUCCGUUUGCUCAACGUCAUCGUCCAGCCCGCUUACGACGAGAUCUCCUACUCGCGUAUGAAUCCACUGCUGGCGAGCGCAACAGUCGCUACGCCGAGGCCGCGUUGGGAUACCAAGCAACAACAAGCCGUCCUCCCUAUCGUGAAGAGCCUCAUCUUGACACGCAAGGUGCCGGAGCCUGUCCCGUCCCUCAAUUGCCAGCAGGUCUUCUUCUAUCCUCACUGGGCCAACGCCCUCCCCAGCUGCCGCAGUCUCGACGACGUUGUGCGCGUUUUCUUGCCACUUCUCAAGGUUCUCGGCGUUUCCCUGUGGAGAGACGCCGCGCUGCUGCAAAAGGCCUGCCGUCUCACGAAAGUCGGUUUCCGGUUGGCAAACGCCGCAGCCACAGCCAAUGCUUCAGCGGCUGAUGACGACUUCGAUGACUUUGACGAGCCGAGACAAAAUGAUGAGAGUCAAGUCUGGUACGAUGUUCUGCGUUACCACCUUUUGCCCGCACUUUCACUUUCGCCUUCCAACUCGGGCAUUGUCGAUGAAAUAUGGAUGUUGGUUCGAAUCCUGCCGUAUCAGAAGCGCUUUUCGCUCUACGGUCAAUGGAAAAAUGAUCUCUAUCAGCUGCCGGAGCUGCGUGCGGCCCAGGCAUCAACCGAGAAGGAAGCAAAAGGCAUCCUCAAACGCAUCAGCAAGGACAACAUCAAGCAGUCCGGCCGCAACCUCGCCAAGGCUUCGCAUUCCAAUCCCACCGUCUUUUUCACGGUCGCACUCAAUCAGGUGCAAGCCUACGACAAUCUCAUCCAACCUCUGGUCGAAUCGGCGAAAUACCUCUCGCAGUUCGAGUACGACAUCUUUUCCUUCAAUCUGGUCGAUGCUCUUAGCAAUCCGGAGAAGGAGCGCACCAAGCAGGACGGCACCAACAUCAGCUUGUGGCUCAAGAGUCUCGCCGCUUUUUGCGGCACACUCUUCCGCCGCUACGCCAUGAUGGACUGCACCCCUGUCCUCCAGUAUCUCGUCAACCAGCUGAAGGCCAACAAUUCCAAGGAUCUGGUCAUCAUGUCGGAGCUCAUCACGAAGAUGUCCGGAAUCGAACCAUUGGCCAACCUUGCCGAUGCACAGAUUGCUGCUCUUACGGGCGGGCGCCACUUGCAUAUGGAAGCCAUGAUGGCCGCUAACGCGCUCACCGGCAGCAAGGAGCGUUUGGCUUACCGACGUUCGGGACAGCGCCUUCUGAGUGCGCUGGUCGAGAGCAAACUUUCCGUGCCUCUGCUCAUCUUGGUGGCUCAGCAGCGCCAAGCCUGCAUUCACCUCGUUCCGGAGAGCGAAGCCCACCUCAAGUACCUUGGUAAUCUGUACGACUCGUGUCAAGAAGUGCUGCUGCAGUACGUCGAAUUCCUGUUCAACCACCUCGAGACGGCCGAUUACGCCUCGCUCGUUCCAUCGCUGCAGCAACUCUGUGUUCGCUUCGGCAUCGAGCCCGCCAUGGCCUUCUACAUUGCGCGACCCAAGCUUGUCCACAGCAUGAAGCAGGUCGAAGCAGCAGAAGCGGCUGAAAGGUUGCGCGCCGAGCUCACGGCCAGCCGAGCAAAGGCCAAGGCAGCCGAAGACGACAAGGCUGCAUCUGACGAAGCCCGGCAAGGCGCGCCGAAAGGCAUGGAAGGAUCCGCUGUGGCGACAGAUGCAAAGAAGGACAGCGAUGUCGAGAUGGAAGAUGCAGAGACGUCCAAGACUGAAGCGCAAGAAUCGGCGAUCAGCGACGUCAGCGACAAGAAUGCAGGUGCCCCUGCGACAAAUGGGGCGACGACGGGGGAACAACGCAAGACUCUGUCACCAACGCCAGACCCGUGGCACAGAGGCUUGCUGGGUGCCAUUGCAGCUGCAAAAGACAUGCUACCGACACCAGCGCACUCCAGCCUUGGUGUACACUUCUACGUCUCCUUCUGGCAGCUCAGUCUGGCCGACAUCAACGUUCCGAUCGAGCGGUACCAACAAGAAGUUAAACGACUCAAUGCUCUGAUCCGCGAGACAAAUGCCGAGGAGCAGCGAAAGCGCCUUCAAGACACGAUCAGCCAGCUCAACGCCGAAAUGAAGGACCAGAUGAAGUCGCACGAAGUCACGCGCAAGCGACUGAUGGCGGAAAAAGAUCACUGGUUUGGGGACGGCGCCGAUCGAGGUGCCAUCGUGUCUCACCUGAUCCAGUACUGCCUUUUCCCGCGUGCGCUGCUAUCUCCGACCGAUGCGAUCCUCGCUGGCAAAUUCAUCCGCACUGCCCACAACCUCGGAACUCGCAACUUUUCGAGCCUCACCGCAUACGACAAGAUCUUUGUGGAUCACAUUGCCGCCGUCAUCUUCUCUUGCACUGAGAACGAGGCGCGCAACUACUCGAGAUUCCUCUACACCGUCCUCUCCGACAUAAGUCCUUGGCAUCGCCAAGCCGAGACAUAUGCCAAAGAGGCAAUUGGCCAGAAGCUGCCUGGCUUCCAAAUGCGAUGGCAGGAUCGUCAUGGCGGUGAGGACAUCCCACCAGCCGACCUCCUCUCCUGGGAGCAGUUCCGCAGCAUCUUUUGCAAGUGGCAGGACUGCCUCCAACGUGCCUUCGCGAGCUGUCUCUCAUCCAGGGAGUACAUGCGCAUCCGGAACGCCAUCAUCGUAAUGACGAGGAUCUCUCCCUUCUAUCCCCUGAUCGAGGUGCACGGCGUGGAGAUCAGCGCUCUGGUUGGGACGCUGGCGGCAAACGAACAGCGUGGGGACCUCAAGAUCCUCGCACAGGGUCUUCUGGCCACUCUCAAGGCGCGCAAGAAGUCCUGGAUACCUCUACAUCAGGCUCGCACCGUGCCACAGCCACCUAAAAGUACAGAUGCCAAAGCUCCUGCUCAGUCGGAGAAAGCAACGGAAGCAGCAACUCCUUCCCCUACCUCCCGCGCAAGCUCUCAAAAGCCCACGGAGAAGAGCAAGGCAGAGGCGCCUUCGGACGGGAAGGAGUCAGGGUCAGCACAAGCAAAAUCGUCGACACAGCCAAAGAAGCAAGCUGCCCCUCAAACGAACGGGCCGAACGCCGUCAAAGCAUCCGAGAAAGCCGUCACUACUUUGCCUGCAGGAACACGGGUUUCAGCAGCAUCGACAGUAGCAAGCGGUCGAGGAGUAACUGCGACCAAAGUUCCACCCAGCGCAAACCUCCCCACUCGCCCGGCCCUUGCAACGCAAAAGUCGGCACCGACGGAGCCCAGAGAUCGUCGUUCCGCCGCUCCGAGUAGCUCGACCUCGAGCCAGCCGCGGCGCGGCGAGGAAAGGACCGGCGUUAAGGCGGACGACGCUUCCGGACGUGCUGGUGCCGGUGGGCGUGCCCAGGCCGCGCCCCCUUCUGGUCCUCGCGGUGACCUUCCGCGCGACAGCGGCCUCCCAUCCCGCCCUGGUCGCGAGCCUGCGCCAGCCAACGAUCGCAAGUCCGCCAGCAACGGAGGAGCUGACCGACGUGCGCCGGCUCAGAUAUCUCGUGACUCUGUCGAGAAGCCAUCUGAUCGCACGGCAGGUACGAUGACCCCACCUGCCGGGCCAGCCAGCAAUUCGAGCGCACAAGCUGCCCGUUCGCGUGCUGAUCGUGAACGUGGCGAACGCUCGUCGUCAACGACCGUGGCUGCCAACGGCAAGGACAAGGAUGCACGAGAGCGUGAUCGUGACCGCGAUCGUGAUCGGAACGAUCGUCAAAGUGACCGCGACAAGGCCCGUCUCACGGAACGCGAACGCGAACGGGAGCGUGAAAAGGAUCGGGACCGACGCGAUAGAGAUCGCUCCGUCAGAGAUCGCGACCGCGAACGGGAGCGAGAUCGCGAUCGAGAGAAGGAUAAGGAGCGAGACCGCGAGCGAGAGCGAGAGAAGGAGCUCAGAGAUCGAGAUCGAGCAAGAGAACGUGACCGCGGAAGCAACAAUCGGGAUCGAGACCGCGACCGUGAAGAACGAAAGCGCGGAGGCGGCAGCGCUCAAGCAAGUCGCAACGGCACGCCCGUCCGCGAAGUUGCCGAAGGCGCGCGCGGAAGUGGGUCCACCACGCCGAUCGCUCCACGCCGCGAUCGAGAGCAGGCCCAGCAGCAACAGCAGCGCGACCGUGAGUCUGUCGCAGCCACACCGACCUCGAUCCGCUCUACACCGGGUGUCGGUGGUGGUGGUGGCGACGAGAUCAACAUCCGCGGGGGCGCCGAACAGCAGCGGAAGCGCACCCUGGUCGAUCGUCUUGGAGGUUCCUCUUCCGCUGCCUCGUCAGGAGAUGCAUCACCGGUCGGUCGAACAGCGGCAGACUCAGAUGCGGCCGCUUUGUGGGAAAGUGCCGACUCUUCGAAGCGCAUCAAGAUCGACCGCAACCAGAAGUACGCUGCCGCAGGUCCGCCGGUGCCAUCGUCAAUUCCUGAGGGUCCGCGGUCGGACAAAAGACAUCAAUCGUCCUCUCGCAAUUCCUUCGGCGGUGGCGGACGUCGAGAUGGCGGUCGAGACCAACGACGAGAUCGGUCGGCACGCAGGGCCGGAAACGCGUGA